AGAUCAGUGAGUAUUAACGUUAUGGAGAGUAUUACAGUUCUGCUGGGAGCUGUUUUGCUGACCUUGUGUUUUACUGGAUGUCAUUCACAAUCACAGAAUGCCAAAACCUGCAAUGACUGCAAUGGAACAGUUAGCUCAGUCUGUACCCAGCAGACAGACUAUGUGAAGUGCAGCUGUAAGCAAGGCUACGUCGGAGAUGGUUUUUCCUGUACGCCAAUUGUAUUCUGUAACACUAUAAACUGCUGUCCACAAGGCUAUUCAUGGAACAGUGCACUAACGACAUGUUCAGAUGUAAAUGAAUGUUCAUCCAGCACACUAAAUAAGUGCCCGACCCCAUCAGCAUGUAGUAAUAAGAAUGGCAUCUAUCUCUGUAGUACCAGCAGAACCAUCCAAUGUCCGAAUACCCCUUGUGAUCAAGAUAAAGACUGUAUGAAAAAAAAUGAAGGGCCUGUUUGUGAUGAUCCCUGUACAAACUAUGAGUGGUUAGAUGGAGCAAGUAGACUGUUCACCAUUAACUCCACUGGAAGAUUCUCUACUGACCGUUACAACUUUGGCUGGUUUCGGUACACAAAUAAUUUCAAGAUGAAGGAGGGUUGUGUUGGCCCUUUGAAAUGUGGCUCCGUUGAGCCAUUUACUCUAGGUGGCAGCCAUCCAACUAAUACAAGUGCAGUCGUUAUGAUGCCCCUUCUGAUUAAUUAUCAAACAGGUUGCUCAACUGGAACACAAAUCCCUGUGAAAGCCUGUCCUGGAGGAUUCUAUGUCUACAAAUUUUCAGGAACCACAAGGACAGAUGUGUACUGUACAGAACAAAUACCAGUUACAUCUACUUCAACUACAACCACCACGUCUAUCCCUACAACCAGAACUACUACAUCAUUACCUACAACUACCACCACUGUUACAACAACCACCUCUAUGCCAACAACUACUACUUCUGUUCCAACAACCACCACUUCUAUUCCUACAACCAGAACUACUACUUCAAUACCUACAACUACCACCAUUGAUACAACAACCACCUCCGUGCCAACAACUACUACUUCUGUUCCAACAACCACCACUUCUAUUCCUACAACCAGAACUACUACUUCAGUACCUACAACUACCACCAUUGAUACAACAACCACCUCUGUGCCAACAACUACUACUUCUGUUCCAACAACUAUAGCUAUUACUUCUGAACCAAUAACAUCAAUAACUACAACAACCACUGAGGCCACAACAGAACAUACCCUGUUCACAUCCCAAACUUCAACCCCUAAGCCCAUCACACUUGAAGAAACUACACCUGACACUUCCAUUACACCACUGAUUGUAACAACUGAGACAUCCACAUCUACAUUAACGACAGAGCUAAUCCCUACCACAGUCACAUCUGAGUCCAAAAUUACUCCAUAUAAGCCAACAACACCUGAGUUGUCUACCCUUGACAUUACAGAAAUUCAUUCAACCACAAUAAAAAUAACUACUUUAUAUGUACCUGACACCACAACUACUGAGACGACAACAGAUCUCCCUAUCCUGCCCACAACCAAAACUUCAUCCCCUGAGCCCAUCACCUUUGAGGAAAUUACCCUUGACACUUCCGCUACACCCCUGAUAAAAACCACUGAAGAAACCACCUCAAUAUUGACAGCAGAGUCAAUCUCCAUUACAUCAGCACCUGAGUCCAAAUCUACACCAUAUGCAGCAACAACGCCUGAGUUGUCUACUCUUGGCAUUACAGAAAUUCAGUCAAACACACUAAAAACGAUGACCUUAUAUGUGCCUGACACUACAACCACUGAGGUUGCAACAAAGCUCCCUAUCCUACCUACAACCCAAAUGUCAUCACUUGACCUCAUCACCCUGGAGGAAACUACACUUGACACCUACACUACCCCACUUAUCAAAACCACUGAAGAGCCCACCUCCAUAUUGACAGCAAAGUCAAUCUCCACCACAGCAGCACCUGAGUUGAUAACUUCUAAAUAUGAGCCCAUAACUCCAGAGGUUUUUACUCCUGACAUUUCAGAAAUAUAUUCAACCACACUAAAAACAACAACCUUAUAUGUACCUGACACAACAACCACUGAGGUCACAGCAGAGCUCCCUAUCCUGCCCACAACCAAAAAUUCAUCCCCUGAGCCCAUCACCUUUGAGGAAAUUACCCUUGACACUUCCGCUACACCCCUGAUAAAAACCACUGAAGAAACCACCUCAAUAUUGACAGCAGAGUCAAUCUCCAUCACAUCAGCACCUGAGUCCAAAUCUACACCAUAUGCAGCAACAACGCCUGAGUUGUCUACUCUUGGCAUUACAGAAAUUCAGUCAAACACACUAAAAAUGACAACCUUAUAUGUGCCUGACACUACAACCACUGAGGUUGCAACAAAGCUCCCUAUCCUACCUACAACCCAAACGUCAUCACUUAACCUCAUCACCCUGGAGGAAACUACACUUGACACCUUCACUACCCCACUGAUCAAAACCACUGAAGAACCCACCUCCAUAUUGACAGCAAAGUCAAUCUCCACCACAGCAGCACCUGAGUUGAUAACUACUAAAUAUGAGCCCAUAACUCCAGAGGUAUUUACUCCUGACAUUACAGAAAUAUAUUCAACCACACUAAAAACAACAACCUUAUAUGUACCUGACACAACAACCACAGAGGUCACAACAGAGCUCCCUAUCCUGCCCACAACCAAAAAUUCAUCCCCUGAGCCCACCACCCUUGAGGGAAUUACACUUGACACUUUCACUACACCACUGACUGAAACAACUGAGGAAUCCAGUGGGUCAGAUACUACUACUACUACAUAUGAGCCAAAAACGCCAACGUUUUCUACUCUUGACAUCACAGGAAUUCAUUCAACUACACUAAAAACAACAACCCUAUAUGUGCCUGACACCACAACCAGUGAGGUCACAACAGAGCUCCCUACCCUAACCACAACCAAAGCUUCAUCCCCUGAGCUCACCACCCUUGAGGAAAUUACAGUUGACACAUUCACUACACCACUGACAGAAACCACUGAGGAAUCCAGUGGGGCAGAUACUACUACUACAUAUGAGCAAAGCACUCCAAUGUUUUCUACUGUCGCUAUUACAGAAAUUCAUUCAACCACACUAAAAACAUCAACCUUAUAUGUACCUGACACCACAACCAGUGAGGUCACAACAGAGCUCCCUACCCUGCCCACAACCAAAGCUUCAUCCCCCGAGCUCACCACCCUUGAGGAAAUUACAGUUGACACAUUCACUACACCACUGACAGAAACCACUGAGGAAUCCAGUGGGGCAGAUACUACUACUACAUAUGAGCAAAGCACUCCAAUGUUUUCUACUGUCGCUAUUACAGAAAUUCAUUCAACCACACUAAAAACAUCAACCUUAUAUGUACCUGACACCACAACCAGUGAGGUCACAACAGAGCUCCCUACCCUGCCCACAACCAAAGCUUCAUCCCCCGAGCUCACCACCCUUGAGGAAAUUACAGUUGACACAUUCACUACACCACUGACAGAAACCACUGAGGAAUCCAGUGGGGCAGAUACUACUACUACAUAUGAGCAAAGCACUCCAAUGUUUUCUACUGUCGCUAUUACAGAAAUUCAUUCAACCAGACUAAAAACAUCAACCUUAUAUGUACCUGACACCACAACCAGUGAGGUCACAACAGAGCUCCCUACCCUGCCCACAACCAAAGCUUCAUCCCCUGAGCUCACCACCCUUGAGGAAAUUACAGUUGACACAUUCACUACACCACUGACAGAAACCACUGAGGAAUCCAGUGGGGCAGAUACUACUACUACAUAUGAACCAAGCACUCCAAAGUUUUCUACUCUCGACAUUACACUAAAAACAUCAACCUUAUAUGUGCCUGACACCACAACCAGUGAGGUCACAACAGAGCUCCCUAUCCUGUCCACGUCCAAAACUUCAUCUCCUGAGCCCAUCACCCUUAAGGAAACUACACUUGACACUUUCACUACACCACUGUCGGAAACCACUGAGGAAUCCAGUGGGGCAGAUACUACUACUACAUAUGAACCAAACACUCCAAAGUUUUCUACUCUCGACAUUACACUAAAAACAUCAACCUUAUAUGUGCCUGGCACCACAACCCCUGAGGCCACAACAGAGCUCCCUAUCCCGUCCACGUCCAAAACAUCAUCUCCUGAGCCAGUCACCCUUAAGGAAACUACACCUGACACUUUCACUACACCACUGACAGAAACCACUGAGGAAUCCAGUGGGGCUGAUACUACUACUACAUAUGAACCAAGCACACCAACGUUUUCUACUGUCGCUAUUACAGAAAUUCAUUCAACCACACUAAAAACAUCAACCUUAUAUGUAACUGACACCACAACCAGUGAGGUCACAACAGAGCUCCCUAUCCUGUCCAUGUCCAAAACUUCAUCUCCUGAGCCCGUCACCCUUAAGGAAACUACACUUGACACUUUCACUACACCACUGACAGAAACCACUGAGGAAUCCAGUGGGGCAGAUACUACUACUACUACAUAUGAACCAAGCACUCCAAAGUUUUCUACUUUCGACAUUACACUAAAAACAUCAACCUUAUAUGUGCCUGGCACCACAACCACUGAGGCUACAACAGAGCUCCCUAUCCUGUCCACGUCCAAAACUUCAUCUCCUGAGCCAGUCACCCUUAAGAAAACUACACUUGAUACUUUCACUACACCACUGACAGAAACCACUGAGGAAUCCAGUGGGGCUGAUACUACUACUACUACAUAUGAACCAAGCACACCAAAGUUUUCUACUAUCGCUAUUACAGAAAUUCAUUCAACCACACUAAAAACAUCAACCUUAUAUGUACCUGACACCACAACCAGUGAGGUCACAACAGAGCUCCCUAUCCUGUCCACAUCCAACACUUUAUCUCCUGAGCCCGUCACCCUUAAGGAAACUACACUUGACACUUUUACUACACAACUGACAGAAACCACUGAGGAAUCCAGUGGGGCUGAUACUACUACUACUACAUAUGAACCAAGCACACCAAAGUUUUCUACUGUCGCUAUUACAGAAAUUCAUUCAACCACACUAAAAACAUCAACCUUAUAUGUACCUGACACCACAACCAGUGAGGUCACAACAGAGCUCCCUAUCCUGUCCACAUCCAAAACUUUAUCUCCUGAGCCCGUCACCCUUAAGGAAACUACACUUGACACUUUUACUACACCACUGACAGAAACCACUGAGGAAUCCAGUGGGGCAGAUACUACUACUACAUAUAAACCAAGCACUCCAAAGUUUUCUACUCUCGACAUUACACUAAAAACAUCAACCUUAUAUGUGCCUGACACCACAACCACUGAGGUCACAACAGAGCUCCCUAUCCUGUCCACGUCCAAAACUUCAUCUCCUGAGCCCGUCACCCUUAAGCAAACUACAUUUGACACUUUCACUUCACCACUGACAGAAACCACUGAGGAAUCCAGUGGGGCAGAUACUACUACUACAUAUGAACCAAGCACUCCAAAGUUUUCUACUGUCGCUAUUACAGAAAUUCAUUCAACCACACUAAAAACAACAAGCUUAUAUGUGCCUGACACCACAACCUCUGAGGCUACUACUACUACCAUUUUUGAACUACAAACAUCACCUGAGCAGACCACCAUCACAUCACCUUCUCUUGAGCCUGCACCUCAUACCACAAUGCCUGAAACUUUUACAACUAAGCAGACUACAGAUGUUAAACAAAUGAAAUUAAAGAUAUCCAUCUUUAAAGACAUGGAGCUUACAAAUCUUCUGUAUAGCAGAGAAAAUCUUUCUAAUGAGACACUGUACGUUGUUCUGGAAAUUCAAAACACUGAUGGACAAGAGCAUGUCUUGCUAGUCAAUUCCUUUUCAGACAGUAAUAAUAAUAUUUCAGCCACAGAUUUCUUGGAGAACAUGGCUGCAAAGGGGCACGUGCCAAGUAGUAUAGAAAAAAGUUCAAAGAAGGAGUUACAAGGACAAGGUUUUUCAUGUGAAGCCUACAAGUUUAUAGCAACAGACAAGUCAAAUAGCACUUGUCAGUCUAAUGAUUUAUUUUCAUAGAAGCACAGACAUCCCAUCCAAAUGGAACACUCCUGCAAUUAUACUACUAGAUCAUUAUGGAAAUUAUUCUGAUCUGGGACUCAUUAUGCACUGACUGUUCUUUAGGCUCCUUCUAACUAAAUUAAUAUACAUAUUUAAUAUUAGAUGUAUUGUAAAUGUGCUAAUUCUAUAGUUUGCCAUCAAACUGCUUUUUGUCUGGGACAAGAACUCAAAUUUCUUUAAAGUUUUUAAAUAUGUGGAAAAAACAUUGAGUAAUCUGAAUAAGCUUCUUAGAUAUAAUUUAUACUCUACAAUUAUAAAAUCAGUUAUCUGGAAUAACUGGGGCCAGGAGUUUUCCAGAUAAUGGGGCAUAGUCAAAUCAAAGGGAAAUCAUUAUUUUAUGGUUUGUCAUGGGAAAACUUAUGGAAGAGAUUCAGUUUGAGGAGUUGAAUUAGGAAAUAAGCUUUUGUCAUCUAAUUGAUUCUGACAUAGUGUGUCUCCCCAUUAUUAGGAGCACCGUGAUGCAAAGUAUAUAUUGGUGCAACUAUUUGUGCUUCCAGAGUGACAUGCAUAAAGUAAGGCCUUACUCUGUAUGCUUUGCUGUCUUUGUUUGGCAGUGCAAAAAGGUGGGAUGAAUCAUGGGUAACACAUGGGUCAACUCCUGUCAUGUACCCCAGCAGAGUGCUGACGGAACCAAGGUGCUAGGAAGCCAUAUACUUCUUGUUUAUGUCAGGGCUUAAGUAAAGGUCUCCCAUGAGCAGCUGUAUAUGCGCAACCUAGUUCUUGAUCAUUUAAGACAAUUUUCUUUGUUUAAAAAAUAUCUUAUGUACAUUAAAUUCAUUUUAAUAUAUGGAUUCUUUAAAAUUAUAUGCAUAAUAUUUUAACAAUAAUUAUACAUAAUAUUAAACACUGGAUGUUAUAUUUUUGUAAGGAUUAUGUAUUUUGUUGGUUUGCAGUUAUUUCACAUUAUUACAUUUUAAUAUUUAAUUUGCCUUAAAAUAAAUGAUUUCUUGCAAGA